AUGGGUGAAUUGAAGAUGGAGGAGAUGUCGCUUCCAGUUCUGUUCGAACAGGCUCGAAAAAUUCACGAUGCUUCAUCUGAGUCAUCCGUCGAUCAGGAGACAGUGAAGAAAGGUUGCGACUUGUUGAGGCAAUGCGACGAUAUGAUUGGGAAGUUGGGCUUAUUUUCGGCAAAUGAGACCAAGGAUGAUGUUAGCACUACCAAUCUCAAGUAUCUUCUGGUGCCUUAUUAUCUUGGCGAGUUAAUGGAGAAAAUUGCACAAGAGGACAGGAUUCAAAUUCUUAAGGCUUCACAGGCCAAGUUGAAGGAGUUUAUCUCAUUUUGUGAGGCAAUGGAGCUUGUUCCUGAAGAUGAAUUAGCAGCAUCUGCACAAUCGGGUGGUAAAUCGUUUGCAGAUCAGAGGGCUAAGAAGAUUGCUCGGUUCAAACGUCAAAAAGCUGCUGAAUCCAAAUUGCUAGAAAUAAAGGAGCGGAAGGAACGUCGUGGGCGUUCAACUAGAGCCUCUGCAUUAUCUACUCCAGUUGAGGCAGGGGAAGAUGAUCAGCUUGAUGAUGAUGGAGAAGAAGAAAGAGAGGCAUGGCUGGCUAUCAUAUCCUUGGUGCUCUGUAAGGCUUUUGAUCUGUUGGAAAUGCUGAAGAAAGAGGAAGAGAUGCUUUCUGCUAUAAAAGAAAAGCAGUCACAGGAAGGGGAAAUUGAAAUUUCACAGCUUACCCUUGACGAGCGCACCAAGAAAGCCGAGGCCUGGCAUCGGAAUGCUGCAACACGGGCUCGAUAUACAAAACCUGCUCCUCCAAUCACAUGUGCUACUUUUGCUCAAGACGUUAUAGAGGGGAGAGCUAAUGUUGCGCAGGCGCACGAGCACAAGCACCAGCCAAUGAUUUUUGGACCAACAAGUCUUGUGGCCAAAAACCCAACAAGCGAACGGCAAAGAAUGGCUGCUCAGGUUUUCCAGCCUCAUUAUAGAUUACCAACAAUGAGCAUAGAGGAUGCUGGAUUAAAAGAGAUGGAAAUAAUGAAUAAAUGGCAAGAGAGGAAUAUGCAGCUUAUGGAAGAAGCCAACUCCUCAUGGUAUAAGGAUAACCGGAAAUCAAGGCCAGGCAAAGAGGAGGAGGAUGAAGAAGAAGAAGAUGCUGCUCAAGAGAAAGCAAGGGCAUGGGACGACUGGAAAGAUGACAAUCCUCGUGGUGCAGCAUUGUUUAUCAUCUCUAUGAUACGAAGUGAAGGCAAAAUUCCCAACUCCCAAUCUACCGUGCAUUGUCCCAACCUGAGUAGUAUUUGGGCGGAGAUCAUGGUCCUCCCACCCCGAAAUUAA